ACAUGUAUCGAGUCAAAAUGUGAUGUGGCUCUGAGCUUCUUGCCGGGACUUCUGCCAGCUCUUCUCUCGCGUCAUAGUCUCAUUAAUUGCCUACCGCCUGGGCCGGAAUUAUAUAACACGUCGACUUAUUCUUGCUUUCUCUCACUCUCAUAAUUUCCUUCGUUUGCCUCGGGCAGGACGAGCAAUACACGCGACUCAGUCUCCGAGCAGAUGCAUCCCGACCCCGCUUUUGAUAUACCGUCGUUUCAUGCUAGGACUACAGAAUUUAUCGGGCGUUUUUGGCCUGAGCAGCAAUUCACCUAUCUCCCGACACCAACAUCUAUGCCGCUUUCAUUCGUCGCAGAGCAAGCCGAACUGGACGCAACGGCAAAUACCAGUAUAGCUUCUCGCCCUGGAGCCACUACUUUCCCAUCAGCUGAAACUACCAUUGCUGCCAUCGAAAGAAUGGGCCACGAGGCAUCUUCUUUGGACCGUGAUAGAGUCGAUACUCGACAUCAGGGCACUGCCGGCGCAAUAGAGACUACGUUGCCGUUGGCCCCAUAUCCAGGAAGUGCUCCCCAACUCCCCGCGGCCUUUGCAGGAGUCACAAAUGCCAGUCACCCUGCUGACAGCCUCGUCAGAGCCGCUUUAACACUGCUAAUGCAGAACAGCGCGGAGCAAGGUUCUUCAUCCAGUGGGAUCACACCUAAUCCGUUGGCAAGUACUUUAGCCCGGGACUCCUUGCUUAUUUACGCCCACCGGAUUUUCAACUUGUCUGCCCCGACUACAGUGUUCGCGGAUGUACCUCGUAGUACAGGCAAUAUCGCAUCAGCAGGCCAUCCUUACAAUCGCCAGCUUCUGCCGCUCCUUCAAAGACUUCGCGCACUGCACCCUAGGCACCUCCCUACUCUUCUUCUCCUCGGAUGUGUACACUACGCACUCGGGAACUUCAAAGAAAGCCUUUCCGUCAAUGAGGAGAUCCUCCAAAUUGAUGCGGAUUUUGUUGAGGCCAUGUCAAACAUGGGGACAACGUUGAAGGCAAUGGGUCAACCAGAGGAUGCAAUCCAGUGGUGGUGGAAAGCUAUCCACCUAAGGCCGAACUACUGGGACGCGGUGAACAAUCUCCUCGGUGCCCUUGUUGCGGGCGAGCAGGAGCGCUCAAAAUCCCCCUCCGACAGAAAAUAUACCGAGGCUUUGCGGCUUUGCGAAACAGUUCAGACCCAGCUAGUUGGGGAAAAUGGGAGGCUUCUAGUGUCAAUCGCACCACAGGAUCUGCAUCACCUACUGAACCUAUUCUAUGUGAGCGGCAGCAUACGCAGCAUGUCUGGCCAAUCACCUUCUCGUAAUGGACUGCGAGAUUUCACCUCCGCCAUCGAAACCCUUCUGCAAAUGAAAGGUUCUGAGUCAACGGUGUCUUACAACUUCAAACAUCUUCUUUUGGCAGCCUGCGUCGGCGGCCUUUUAAUGAGCUCCGCCGUACCAGACUCUAUCGUGCAGCUCGCCUCUAACGCAGGCUAUUCGGCUCUAUUGCAAAGAUCAGAGGAAAUGAAUUACAAUAUUUUAGAGUUUGUCAGAAGCACAGAUGACGCAUUGUGGCAGUUGAUUAUAGAAGAAGGAGGAGGAAUGGUCCCGGCCAUAUUUAUGUCUCCGGCGCAAGCAACGAACCUGUUCAGCACUAUAUUCAAUGCAUCCUCUGGUCUUUUCCCUUCCCUGUGCUCAUGGUCGGAAGCAAGCGAAUCUCUGGAACGGCCUAGGGAGGACGUCGCGAGUAAGGCUAGCGAAAUGACGUCCAACAUCUUGUUGAGCAUCGCGAAGCUUUUACAAGAAUCCGGAUCGGCUAGUGUGCAUCUGCCGAGAUUUGAAGCUUCGAUACGCGUCGGUCCGUCCCUAAUAUUGCUCCUUUAUUACCUGGCCUACGCAGCCUUCCCCUCCCCGUCUGUCUGUAACAAUCUCGGAAUCAUGUUGUCUACUACACCAUGGAUGGAUAUUGGUGGUUCAGUAGCUAUCGACAUUGCUCAGGCAUAUUACGAAAAGGGAUUGGAGCUUGACGGGACUCAUGCUCACGUACUAACGAAUCUAGGUUCCUUGCUGAAAGAAAAAGGAGAACUUGAUGCUGCUAUUGAGAUGUAUGCGCGUGCAGUUCAAGCGAGGCCAACUUUCGAUAUCGCUUUGGCGAAUCUUGCUAAUGCCAUGAAGGAUUCGGGCCGAUUGUCGGAGUCAAUUGAAUUUUACCGACGUGCUCUUGAAGUAAAUGACGACUUGCCAGAAGCGCUAUGCGGGCUGGCUCAUGCAGCGUGGUCCAUUUGCGACUGGAGAGGAGCUGGCCCGGUUGAUGUAGAUGCUGCAAUUGACGCAGAUGGAAAUAUGCGCCCGAGGGGCAGUGCCACUCCUGAGAUGGGAUGGAUGUUGCAGCUUAUACAGACGACAAGAAAGCAGCUGGCAGCGGCGUAUCAGCAAAACGUCGGCGUAGUGAAGUCAAUUGGGCUUUUGCAGGAUUGGAUCGCGUGGAUCGAAGAAAGCAUUAAUGAGAAACUCCUCCCGCAGCAACGAGAUCGAUGGCUCUCACUCUUGCAACCGUUCUUCAACAGUACUAACGACGACAGAGAUAUUCUAAAUGAAGGUAGUUUUACUAUACGAAUGGUAGAAUGGCUGACGCGCCAUAUCCAGUGGAGGUGGUACAUUGAUGCCUUUGGGAACGUUACGUCUGCGCACCACAAGCCUGAUAUGCUCAGUGCCGAAGCGAUCCAAGAGUCAGGGAACACGUACAGCAGACCCCACUUACCGCCUUUCAUGACUCUUCAGUCGAUUCCUUCCGUUCUCCCAUUUCAUACGUUCAUUUAUCCGCUCAGUGCUCGUGAGAUAAGAUUAGUAGCUCACAGAAACGCUCUUCGUGUUUCACACUCUACCUUGACCCGAUCUUGGCUUCCCGAGCACGUUUAUCCGCCGCCCACGCCCGGGACAAAAAUUAAUGUCGGUUACGUUUCAAGUGAUUUCACUGACCACCCAACAGCUCACCUCAUCAGUUCGUUAUUUGGGAUGCAUGACAAGACAAAAUUUUCUGUCUAUGUGUAUGCGACAAGUGUCUCUGAUGGAUCAACGUACAGAACCAAGAUUGAGCAUGAAACUGAGGGAACGUUCCGGGAUGUUUCUUCAAGCACAACGCAAGAAGUAGUGGAGCAAAUCAUACGGGACGGGAUCCAUAUUCUUGUGAACUUAAAUGGUUACACGAAAGGCGCUCGCAACGACGUCUUCGCUGCAAGACCUUGUCCGAUUCAGAUUUCAUUCCUGGGAUUUGCAGGAACGCUGGCUUCUGGUUGGUGUGAUUAUAUGAUCUGUGAUCCCAUUGUUUGCCCGCCGAACACACGAGCAUGCGAGCUCUGUGAUUUAUUUGAAUCGUUUCACCAAACUUCCCAAGGAUCAAGUUCGGAUGUUUCAAGCAUUGUCGAGUUCGAUUUCGGCCCCGAUCCAGAUUCUACGGAUGAGUGGAAGUAUUCUGAGAGACUCAUCUAUAUGCCCCACACGUAUCUUAUAACGGAUCACAAACAAUGCUAUGGCAGUAGAACCCGCGGUAAUGAUAGCGCAGAUCUUCAGAGGGAGUGGAAAGAUGCAGAGGACAAACGACGCAAACUCAGGCGUGAACUAUUUCCAGAUAUCUUCGACGAUACUAUAAUUUUUGCGAAUUUCAAUCAAAUGUAUAAGCUCGAUCCUUCCACGUACGCAACUUGGCUUCGGAUCCUAAAGCGAGUGCCGAACAGUAUUUUGUGGCUUUUACGCUUCCCUCCUGCCGGAGAAGAACAUCUACUUCGGACUGCUGAACAAUGGGCGUCUGCUGAGAUCGCAUCGCGAGUGCGCUUCACAGGCGUAGUUCCUAAAGACGAGCAUAUCGAACGAGUGGGAGUGGCGGAUAUCUUCUUGGAUACUGUUGAAUGUAAUGCUCAUACUAUAGCUGCUGAUGUACUGUGGGGAGGAACGCCCAUAAUUACCUGGCCAAAGUACACAUUCAAGAUGUGCUCCCGAGUCGGAGCAAGCAUCGCCUUCGCCACUGGCUUUGGGAAUCGGAUGGUGGUUGACUCGCUGGCUGCCUACGAGGAAAGAGCUGUAAGCCUUGCGUUGAGUGUAACGCCGACGUCGUUCAGAAGAGACGCUGGGUCAACGAAGCGCGGCGAGCUUGCUGAGUUGCGACACGAUCUUUUCAUGAAUCGUGAAGUGAUGCCGCUUUUCGAUUGUCGUCGUUGGACGCGUAAUCUUGAGAAAGGUUAUACUGAGGCAUGGACGAGAUGGGUGCGGGGUGGAACGACCACACAUUUCAGCGUUGAAGGAGGUUCAAAACACCGAUACGAGCGAUGCAGCGGAUUCAUAUGGAUACGAGAUGAAGACACAUAACCUACUGUGUAGUUUUACUGAUUACUAUGAGAAAAGAAAACAAAUAAAGUCCAAUGUAUUUUGAAGCAAAUGAAUAUUUCAAGGUUUAGGGGUAUUAGUUGUCUGAUAGCCUCCCGGGGCUUGAGGGGGCGGAGCAGCAGCAGCAGCAGGUUGUGGUUGGGCGGGCGGUGCAGCGGCAGGAGCUGGCCUUUGCGCUUCAACGUCGCGUGGCGCUUGGGCAUCGACAUCCUGAUAUCCAUUUCGUCCUCCAGAAAGUGAUGUGAAUCCACCUGGCAUUGACCAAACUGUUGGGCCGCUCAGGUCACCGCCGCGAAUGUUCAAUGAAGAAAAGUGAUCGCCACGCUGCUUGAGAGCGGACACGAAGGCGAGAGUUGUCGGUGCCUUCAAGAUCAGGAUGAGGAGCGAAAAUAACUUGAUCAACCAGUUCUGCGAAUUCCUAACCAUCCAGAUGAUAUCGAACACGGCAGAUACACCCAGAAGGCCAGUGAACAGCCGCAGCGACUGGUUCGAUUCCGUGCUUUCUUGGGCGUAGACGCCAAAAAGGAAGAUUGGGAGGUUGUAGACUGGUGCAUGGAAGGGACUGAUGAUGAAGGAGAGGACAGAUUCGAGAACGACGAGGCUACGAGGGUCUAAGCUUUGGAGAUAGUCUGCCAUUAUGAUUACUUAUGUCCUGCUUGGUGGAGGAGUAUG